AUGCCUAAGUUAGAGUUGUCCGAGAUUUGGAAAGAGUACGGAGGGCCUCAACUUGUUGAUCAAGACUUGUAUUUCAUCUUUGAGCUCAAGAGGUUAACCCCAAAGCACAUGGAUCGUAGGGUUGGCCAAGGCGGAAACAAACUUAAAGCGUCCAUUACAAGAUCAAGUACAAAAGACGAGGAGCACAAACAAAAAUAUGGAAAAAGAUCAUCAAAUGGGAUCAACAGAAUCAUCAUCACAUGUACAACAAGGCUUUAUUCUAGUCUAACUGGUGUUGAUCUUGUGGGCUCAUAUGAUGUUGAUCCGAGUUAUCCAACAUUCUUUGAGGAUAAUACUAUCUUCAUCGUUGAACAACUACUUGGUGAAACCCAAGAAGAGGAAGCUUGCAACCCAAGUAACUUGGAGAAUGUGGGCAACCAAUCAUUAAUUGACUGUCUAACUGGUGCUGAUCUUGUGUUCUAUGACGAUGUUGAUCCAACUACCUUCGACAUUGGUGAAAACCCAAGUAACUUUGAGAAUGUGGGCAACCAAUCAUUUGCCAACUGUCUAACUGGUGUUGAUCUUGUGUUCUAUGACGAUGUUGAUCUGACUACCUUCGACAUUGGUGAAACCAAAGUAGUGGAAGUUUGUAACCCAACUAACAUUGAGGAUGCGGGCAACCAAUCAUUAGCUGACACAGCUAAUGUAACUGAUCCAAUCGUUAAUGGAUGA